UCCGCCCGCGAGAGUCGCCGACGCCGCUGCCGCCGCCGCCGCCGCCGCCCGGAGCCGGGCCAGGAGCCGGGCCGGGCCGCCAUCAUGCUGAGCCGGCUCGGGGCGCUGCUGCAGGAGGCCGUGGGGGCGCGGGAGCCCAGCAUCGACCUCCUGCAGGCCUUCGUGGAACACUGGAAGGGCAUCACACACUAUUACGUCGAGAGCACAGAUGAGAACACCCCAGCCAAGAAAACAGACAUUCCCUGGCGGCUGAAGCAGAUGCUGGACAUCCUAGUGUAUGAGGAGAGGCAGCAGGCGGCCGCGGGCGAGGCGGGGCCCUGUCUGGAGUACCUGCUGCAGCACAAGAUCCUGGAGACCCUGUGCACCCUGGGCAAGGCCGAGUACCCCCCAGGCAUGCGGCAGCAGGUGUUCCAGUUCUUCAGCAAGGUCCUGGCCCAGGUGCAGCACCCCCUGCUGCACUACCUCAGCGUCCACAGGCCUGUGCAGAAACUUCUCCGACUUGGUGGGACAGUCCCUGGGUCCCUCACCGAGAAGGAGGAGGUUCAGUUCACCAGCGUCCUCUGCUCCAAGAUCCAGCAAGACCCGGAGCUGCUCACCUAUAUCCUGGAGGGUAAAAAGAUUAUAAGCAAGAAGAAAGCUGGGGUUCCAGACCCAAGCGGCCACAGGGACAAGGGCUGUUCCCACAGCAGUGUUCCUGACGGACGUCCCCAACUAGAUGGGGUGCCUCAUGGAGCCCAGGCCCUGAACAGCCACCUGCCUGUUGAGACGGAGGGGCCAGAUGGUGGCACUGGGGACAGCAACUUAAUCACCUCCCUGCUCGGGCUGUGUAGGAGCAAGAAGAGCCGGGUGGCUCUGAAGGCCCAGGAGAACCUGCUGCUUCUGGUGAACGUGGCCUCCCCAGCAGCUGCCGCCUACCUGGCGCAGAGCACCCCCUGUUGCGUGGCAAUCGCGGAGCACCUGUGCCAGCUCUACCGGUCCCUGCCUGCCUUCCUGGACCCUGCAGACAUCGCCACUCUGGAAGGCAUCAGCUGGAGGUGGGUCGUGGGCCUGAUCAGGCUACCCAGUGCCCCAUCGGAUGAGGCAGCCUUCCCUGGCAGGGAGGCUCUGGCCGCCUUCCUGGGCUGGUUUGAUUAUUGCGACCACCUUAUCACAGAGGCACAGGCGGUGGUUGCAGAUGCUUUGGCCAGAGCCGUGGUUGAGAAGCUGUUCGUGGGGACUCUGCAAGCCCAGCUCCUGCACGUAUCGGAGCAGAGCAUCCUGACCUCCACUGCCCUGCUAACGGCCAUGCUGCACCAGCUCUGCUCGCCGGGGCUGCUUCAGGAGACGGUGGCCUUCCUCCUAGGUACCGACUGUCAGCCUGCAGCUACGGAAGAGGGCCCUCGUACCCUGUGUGCCCACCUCAUUGCGCACUGUGACCAUCUCUCUGAUGAGAUCAGCAUUGCUACACUACGGCUAUUUGAAGAGCUACUCCAGAAGCCCCACGAGCAGAUUGUCCGUGGUUUGGUCCUGUGCAACCUCGAGGGCCGCCUCUACGUGGCUCGGAGCUCACCCGAGCCCGAGAGCUAUGAGGACACCUUAGACCUGGAGGAGGACCCCUACUUCACAGAUGGCUUCCUGGAUUCUGGCCUUCAGCCCUCUGCCAAACCUCACCCAGCUCCCACCACCAGUUCUGACGGCAAAACAGCAGUAACUGAGAUCGUCAACAGCUUCCUCUGCCUGGUCCCUGAGGAGGCCAAGACCUCGGCCUUCCUAGAAGAGACUGGGUACGACACAUACGUCCACGAUGCCUACGGACUGUUCCAGGAAUGCAGCUCCCGCGUGGCCCCCUGGGGCUGGCCCCCCGGCCCUGCACCCUUGGACCCCCAUGAGCCAGAACGGCCCUUCUUUGAGGGUCACUUCCUCCAAGUGCUGUUUGACCGCAUGGCCCGGAUUUUGGACCAGCCAUACAGCCUGAACCUGCAAGUGACCUCCGUCCUGUCCCGGCUCGCCCUCUUCCCUCACCCCCAUAUCCACGAGUACCUCCUGGAUCCCUACAUCAACCUGGCCCCCGGCUGCAGGAGCUUGUUCUCCGUGCUGGUCAGGGUGAUUGGGGACUUGAUGCAAAGAAUUCAUAGGGUACCCCAGUUUCCGGGCAAACUGCUCCUGGUACGAAAGCAGCUCAUGGGCCAGGUUCCUGGGGAACAGCUGGACCACCAGACCCUCCUUCAGGGUGUGGUAGUGCUGGAGGAAUUCUGCAAGGAGCUGGCUGCCAUCGCGUUCGUCAAGUUCCCCCCCCAUGGUCCUCACCUGAACCUCUCCCCACCCCCGGAAGGGCAAGUCUGAGCCAGGAGCAGGACGGGCGGGGAGACUCUCGUCUGCACCUCUGCCCCAGAGCGGCCUCCUGCCUGGCCCUGCUGUCCUCCGGACUGGGGGCCAUGGCUGAGCUGACUCCGGAGACCUCGGCCUGUCCCCACGCAGACCGGGCCUUCGGGGAGGUGUCGAGAAACAAGAGAGCCGCUGCCCGGAGCCAGGGUGCCCUUGAGGGCUUCUUGGCGCAGCCGGGUGAUGGCUGAGGAGCCGCAGCCCCUGUCCCUCGUCUUGCGUGACCAUCCCCUUGCACUGGCACGUGCGGGCAGGGCCCAGGCCUGUGCCAGUCCAGGGCAACGGGAUGAAGUGUGGGCUCCAGGCCAGAGACAGACAGAGAGAAAGAGACAGAGACAGACAGAGAGAGAGAGAGAGGCCACAAACGUCUGUGCCACACUAGGUACCUGGGAAGCUGCUGACAUUUUGGCAGGCUUCUCUCCUGCCUUCUUGGCUUAAAUGGCGGCAGAGGGGAGGUGAGUGAGGGGGAUGCAGACGGAGCCCUCCCCCACCCCACCCACCCCACCCCCGCCCUUCCUACUCUGCCCUCCUGGAGACUUGCAAAAUUCCCAACCGCCGCAUGGCAAAUGCCCAAAGCAUGCUCCGCGCCCAGGCGGGGGCAGCUGCUAAUGAGAACCUUGGCGCAGCUGCAGCCAGGGCGGGCGAGGGCCUGGGAGCCGGGUGCCAGGCUCCAGCUCCAGCUGGUUCCUCUCUGGCGCCUUCUGAACCCGUCCCGGCAGGUCCACAACACCUGGGCAGAGAGGUCACAGGCCAGCAGAGGUGGACUCCCCAGGGUUCCCAAUGGAGCGCCCUCCUGGGAGGGCAGAAGCUCUUGGGGUACAGAUGAGGCAGGACCCCCCCUCCCCCAACUGCAGACCCCUGAGGCCCGGUGAGGAGGAGCCAGGACACGGGAGGCCUGUUGUGGGGUUGUUCUCCCUGCGUGCCCUCCUCGGCUGGGGCUGCCACCCCACCCAGCCCGAAUCUGUCCGGACCUGCAAGCGCACUGGGCGGCGCCAGGCAUUACCUCACAGCGAGACUGCAGUUGCUGGCUUGGCUCCUGGGCAAGGAGGAGCAGGCCAGAGCCCCUUUUGCUUCCUUUUCCUGCCCAGGCCGCCUCUCGAAGCUGGGCACAGGUUGCCAAAAGGUGACAUGAAAGAGGAGGAAACUCAAUGACCUCUACCUCUCCCACAUUCCUCCCAGCGGGGGAGGACUUCACGCUGCUCUGAAGCACACACGUGUGCGCGUGCACGCAUCCGGGUGCUGGUGGGAGACGGGAGCCCAUCUCAAGUGGAUAAACGGAAUCGGGACUCGCAAGUUCUUGGACUCGGCAGGGGUGUCUGGGCAUCACAGACCCUCACCUCUGCCUCAAAGCACUUUGGCGUUUGUGUGGUGUCGUCCCCCACAGCACAGCAAUAAAUGUGUGGUUGUGUG